AUGGCUUCAGGCGAUGGAAUUGGUCCCCGCAAGAGGCGCAAGAUCAGCCCACCAGGGACUAUACCCUACGUGUUACAUUCCCUCUUCGAGGAUGUGCCAUUAGCAACCGAGGAUAGCUCCGAUGUCUACAUCACCUGUGUUGAAUACUGGAAUGAAAAUCUAUACAUCGGCACCUCUGCAGCCGAGAUCUUGCACUUCGUAUGCCUCCCCCCAGCUUCCCCGGACGAAGCCGCCGAGCCUACCUUUAUAUUAGCAUCCCGAUUACCGAUCCUAUUCGCCCACACUCCUCCAGCGGGCAGUGACCAAGAAGGUGUUCGACAGAUAGUUGUCUUAUCCUCAGUGAACAAGGCAUGUGUCCUUUGCAAUGGCACUGUUACGUUCUACAUGCUGCCGGAGCUCAGCCCGGCUUUUGGAGCUACCAAGGUCAAUCACUGCCGCUGGAUCGGUGGGUUGGAUCUCAACUGGGACGCAGAGUCAGGAGAGGAUCCGACUAUCAUGAUUGCUGUGCAGAACAGGAUCAUGCUGGUCCAGAUUGGGGAUGAGGCGCGACGGAUCAAGAAGAUUGAGUUCCCUGGUUGCUUAACUGCGGCCCGACGAGGAACGAUCGCAUGUGCUGCGGAUACACAUUCAUACUCAUUACUUGAAGUGGCACACCAGCAGAAAAUCCCUCUAUUCCCGAUAUCCUCUUCGAAUGAGGUUUUUGAGUCGGGGCAUGUGGAAGAUAUGAACCCAGCGCCGCGCACUCCGCUCAAACGUUCACCCUCUUCCUCCUACCCCACCUCACUACCGAGUGAUAACUCUGUGCAUGGCAGAAGCACUAGUUUGAAUACUUUUGUGGGCAUGCUCUCACCACAGGCCCAAGCGGCUCAGCUAGAUAGAUCGCCAUCAGGCACACCUGAUCCUUUCACAUCUACCGGGGAACCUAGAAGAUCAAGCUCGGAGGAGCGAGAAGGGAAAAGCUCCCCCAGGCUUCCCAGUGACCAAGAGCCAGACAAUAAGUCUCCCACCAACGAUAGUUUGAAGCCCCUACCACCUCUACCUCCCCAAAUAAAACAAGGCUCGAAGCGUCUCCAGCCUCAUGUGGUAUCACCAACGCCUGCUGAAUUUUUACUUGUGACUGGAACCGAGGAAACGGGACCAGGUGUUGGAAUGUUUGUUGACAUGGACGGGGAAGUUGUUCGGGGCACAAUAAACUUCCACAGAUUCCCAAAGUCGGUUGUGAUUGAUACAAACGAGCAUGAUGAAAUGUUCCAAACUAGAGAGGAGUAUGUUCUCGCUGUAAUCGAAGACGAAGACGCUGGAAGGUCUCGAACAAGACUCGAAAUCCAACGUUGGGACGACGACCCAGGAGAGAUUGAGCGGACUAAGAGCUGGUUAGAGAUACCACCUCCCGGAGAGACACAAUCUACCCAGAUUGGCCUCCGGCAUACCCUCAGCCCUAGCCAUCUGGAGCUCAAUGAAAUCGGGCAGCUCUUGCGGAUGGUCCGCCUCAAAAACCCCAUGCUGCCCCCGCAUGUGUCAGUAGCAGACUCAAGAACCCAGGCAUCCAUCGAACACUCGCAAAAGGAAAAAGAGCUGUUCGAUCCGCAAGAAUUGACCGAUUCGGACGGUUCUAGGAAGAAUGACAGUCCAGCAAGCCAGGGCUGGGAGGCUCAACGCGAUGCGGAAGAAGCAAAAUUUGCGCAUGGACUGGGCAAGGUCCAAAGCAGUCUUGUUGUGUGGUCUGGAUCUCAAAUAUGGCGUGUAUUGCAGAAUCCAUUAAUAGUCCAGCUGGAGGACACCUUGCAGAGGGCCCAGGAGACAGAAGAGAGCGAGCACACGGUGCUGCGUAGGGAUGCGAUUUUGGAUCUGUUGCUCUCCAUCCAGAACACCGAGCCAAAGACCGAGGCCGAGUUCAUUGGAUUGAGCUAUGUGAAACAAAAGGCCAGUCUUAUGCUUUAUGGAGACCUUCUCUCUAUGCAGUCAGACGAUCGCAAUGCCAUGGCAAUCGAUGGAACCGAAAAAGCGCUACUGGCAGGUAACCUUGAUCCGCGUUUGGCAUUGCUUUUUAUUCCCCUGUUACGUUGUGAGGUUUUGCAGGGGCCUCAAGGUAUAUGGAUACAUGCUGGGCUGGCAAGCAUGGCCGAAAAAUAUAUUGAACAGGUCGGAAAGAUAGGCGUUGAAUCCUCCGGAUUGGAUGCUUCUCGCAGUCCUAUCCUCAACAUGGUGAAACGGUUCCUUCUAUCAUGGCAGCAGAAGCGAGGAUAUGGUAGCAUCACCGAUGAGACCUAUGUUUUGGAUAGCACAGAUGCCGCACUGUUACACUUGACCUUGGAACAAGAUGCCUAUCUGACGCGAGAUCAGCGGAUAGAGUCGCCAAUUCGCCCUGAAUUGAAUAGGCUGGUCGAUAACUGGAAAGGCAAUUUCGAUCGAGCAGUGAUGCUCUUGGAAACAUACAAGCGGCUCUAUGUUCUAAGCCGUCUGUAUCAAAGCCAAAAAAUGUCUCGAAAUGUUCUCAAAACCUGGCGACGAAUCGUUGAUGGGGAGACUGACGCUGGUGGAGAGGUCUCCGCGAAUGGCGUGGAGACGCAGAUGCGCAGGUACUUGGUCAAGAUCAAGGACGUGCAGCUGGUUGAAGAGUAUGGCUCUUGGCUAGCUGGGCGAAACCCCAACUUAGGCAUCCAGGUAUUCGCAGACAAUGCCAGCCGUGUUAGACUGGAACCGACGGAUGUUGUUGCUUUACUCAAGGAGCGAGCUCCGAACGCGGUCCAAGUCUACUUAGAGCACCUAGUAUUUGCAAAGAAUGUGAGACACCCUGUUGCCUUGAUUCAUGAACGUCCAACUAACAUGUGGAAACAGUACACGCAAUAUGUCGAUGACCUGAUCUCAUACUACUUAGACACGGUACUCUCCGUGCUUGAGUCAUCCCCCGAAGCACGAGCCUCUUUAGCCGACUCCUACUCAACCUAUCGAGCCCUGCGUGCUCCCAAACCGACAUAUCUAAACUUCAUAAUCGAGAACACACCCGCAGAGCCCUGGUGGCAGUCCCGACUCCGGUUACUUCAGUUGCUAGGUGGAAUCUCCAGCUCCCAAUUCUCCUCCCAACCUCUUCCAACAGGAAUCAGUUACUCAAUCCCCAACGUCCUCACCCGCAUUGAGCCAUUCCAGAAUGAGCUAGUGUCAGAAUGUAUUAUCCUCGAUGGCCUACAGGGCCGCCAUGGCCCGGCCCUCCAUCUCCUCACACAUGGGCUAGGCGACUAUGACUCCGCAAUCCGCUACUGCCUCUUCGGCGGCCCGCGCAGCUCUUCUUCCUCAACGGGCACCCCGCCAGAACUAGCAGACUAUACCCUACAGUCAACGCUGUUCCGCCACCUGCUCGACGAGUUUCUGCACAUUGAGGAUCUAUCAGACCGCAUUGAGCGCACAAGCGAUCUCCUCGCGCGCUUCGCAGCAUGGUUCGAUGUUCGCGAAGUCCUCGAUCUCGUUCCGGAGGACUGGAGCGUUGAUAUCCUCGGCGGUUUCUUCGUGCACGUUUUCCGCACCCUUGUGUCGCAGAGUCGCGAGACCCGCAUCGAGCGUGCCCUUGGCGCGGGUUUGAAUCUGCGUGUUGGCGCUGAGUAUAUCGAUGGCAUGGAGAAGGUUGGGCCCUGGGUUGAGGAGGCAGAAGGUGUAAGAAGAUUGAAGGAUGCAGAGCCGCGGCGAGUUUCCUUGCCAACUGAUGAUCCUGACCAGGCUUCUGAUGACUCUGAAUUUGGAGACACGGUGGGGCCUACACCUGGGGAAGUGGCCCAGUAG